AGAAUCGAGAUAAUCUUGUAACUAACUUAUUAAGGGAAGAAGAAGUGACCGCUAGCGAGGGUGUUGACUGAUAGCAGUUGUAAACAUGACGUGUUACUGACUGUUGCUCACUCCUCAGGGACUAUGAGUGCCUAGUUCAUCAAGACUUAAACCAUAUCUGAGGUCAUCUAUAACCAAAAGUUAGAACUAUGCCUUAUAUAUCAUCUGCCAUAUCUGGUGCCGAAAAAUAAAUCUACGCUCCUGACGCUAUAGCCAAUAAGAAACUCCUACACCACCCCCUGUACAUGCGCUGUAGACGCUUAAGAAGCGAAGACGGAGGUGGCAACAUAGGAGGCCAGAGAGAAUGGGGCUUAUCUACAAUUCCUAAUCUCUUCUGGGGAUUCAUCAACUUUAUUGUUUUAUUCUUUCAGACAUUAGUCAAUCCAGAUUUAACAAAGCGAGGGAAUAGUUAUGCCAGUGACUACAGUGCUCCUGGGAGAGGACCACCCCCUGGUCCUCCCCGCAGAAGAAUGGGUGGACUACAUAGAAGUGGAGGAGCAGGUCCUCCACCAAUGGCUGGAGGUGGAUGAGGCCGUUAAUUCCUCUGCAAGUGCCUGUACUGUAUGUGCACAUAGCAGGGGAGUUUAAGUUGUGACCAUAUCAGAUUUGUGGUUGUCACAUGCUCUUAAGAUAAGCUGAGACAACCUCUCAUGUAGAUGUUUUAGUGAGUCUUCAGAGCACAGAAUAACCAUUUCAUGAUGUGCUGCCCAAGAAACCUCACUAGGUGUGGGCAGUACUGAAGUUUCUGUUAUGGGUACAUUGUAUUAUCCUGAUAUAUAUAUAUAACCAAAGGGUUUUGAAGUGUCGUUUCUGCAUAUUUUUCUGACUGAGCUUUUUAUUUUUGAGGGAGGUGGUUUUCUGCUGUCUUGAAGAAUCGAAUGAUAGACAGUUAUUGGUAUUGACCAGAUUUAACCAUUUUCAUGCAAGCACCAUUAAUUUUUUGAUGCACACCUUUUUUUUUUGUAAAAAGCUUUCCCAAAAUUAUUUCUUAUUCCUGUUCAUUAAGAAUACUUCUGAAUUUCAGUCAUAGUUGAUGCCCUUACAGUUUUGCCUUAAGUUGUAAGAGUGAAAUACAAUCUUACAGUAGUCCAGUACAUACAUCAGAUUAGCAGACACUUGCAUGUCUAGAAAUGAUAUUCCAACAAACAUAACAGAAUAAACUAUAUGGAAGCUCUGUAGUGAAGCUGUACUAUUGUCUAUGAUGAACAAAUGGCUCGAUUGCAAAAUUCAGUACAGUACUAGAUAGAUUUCUAGGAAAAUAUCUUUUCUGAAACAUUACAUAAUUCAGUGGUGAACUUAUAUUCAUACUGUACUUAUACAGUAUACGAGUUACCAGUACUGCACAGGUUUACUAAAUAUCUGUCAUGGUGGAUUUUUUUUUUUUUACUUUAUGAAGUUACACAAUAAAACUUAAACAUGCCCAGUAAAUUCAAUGUCCUAAUUAGUCCGGUAAAAUGUACUGUACUGGUAAUCCUGUAUAAUGUAAUCUUGAAGCAAAUGUAAAUUAAUUGAUAUUCAUGGAAGUUUAUUGAGGUGACAGCAAGUCACAGAUGUAAACUUGUGAACUUAAAAGAGAUGAAGUGUUAAGAUUUUGUUAGAUGAAUUACCCAAUAACUGUCUUGUUGGCUUAAUCCAGCCAUUGUAUUUGGUCACCCUUACAGUCUAUAACACUGGAAGGGCUUUCCCACUUUGUCUGAAUAACUUAAUAAUACUGUAGUCUAUUAAAUUCUUCUGAAUUAUCUACUAAGUAGAUGAAUAAUUAUGUAUACAGUACAGUAUAUGUCAAGUUGAAUCAUGCAUUAAUCACUGUCAUGUACAAAGUAAGUCUGGAUCAGGUUUUGUAUGCACUGGAUUAUGACAAGUGUUGAUUAGACUUGUCAUGUUCCACUAUGGAUGAUUCUGAAAAUAUGGAUCUCAAAUAUUUGUAAAUCCUAAAUAAGUUAUUUAAUUUACAAUAUAUCAUUGCCUAGAAAACUAGAAGUCAGUUGGUUCAAAAGCACACACUGGUCCAACUAAACCAUCUAAUAAUAUUUUAACAAGUGUUCUUCUAGACCCUGCCAGCUACACUUAUUGUAUUACUCUACUGUGUUUAGAUGUAUGGAAUUUUUACUUUCAUAAAUACAUGUUGAUAGUUUAUGAACAUCACAUACUGCCUUCCAACAUGAGAGGAUAUUAUUUUAUGUAAAAAAAAUGGGAUAAUUGUCUCUUUUAUGUUGUGUUUGAAGCCUAGUGUAUUGUAUUACCAGGUUGAUUUAAGGGACGAAUAUAUUUGAGAAUUGC